CUUCAGAUUUAAAUGGCGGCUCUAGUCAUCGCAAAUGUCGUUUUCUAAGUGAAGAGAGAAAUAAAAUAAAUACUAGAAAUUGACUUUUCGAUUCCGUUGCAGUAUUAGUGCUAUGAUAUGUUGAAAUGUGAAUUGUUUACUAUUGAAUAUUUGUAUUGAUUCCUUUGCUUCAAGAGUCCGAGAGAAGACAGAAUGUCAAGCGAUGAAGAUAAACCUCCUGCGCCUCCUGUCCGGCUUACUAGCAAUAGAGCAACGGACCGUGUUGAUUCUGUUGCAUCUGUUGACAUGAGACCACUGCCAAAAGAACCUGAUGAUGGUGGAGAUAGAAAAAAGAAAACUUUAAAAGCUAAAAUAAAAGGUUCAAAGAGUACUGCCCAUAAUGACAACAAGCCUAAUAUUAGCUAUCCAACUAAUUUUGAACACACUGUUCAUGUGGGAUUUGAUGCAGUAACAGGCGAAUUUACACUGCCUAUAACAGGUAUGCCUGAGGCAUGGGCACGACUAUUAAUGGCCUCAAACAUUAGCAAACAAGAACAGAAAAGUAAUCCACAAGCAGUUCUUGAUGUUCUUAAAUGGUAUGACGCAUCAGCAACCCAACCUCCUGUAUCUAAAUAUAUGACAUCCGCCCAGAUGCAUACAACUCAUUCAGGUUCCUCCGUGUCACGAGUUUCAUCAAGUAGUCCUUCAUCAUCUACACCUACAGAUACAGAGCAUCCGGAGCCCCCACCCCCACCACCUUCAAGACCGGACCGUACCAAGAGCAUUUAUACUAAACCAAUCGAAGAAGAAGAGGCCCCACCCCAACGACCCGCACCUGCGCCUGCGUCUCCUCCGCACGUUCCGCAUCCUCCUCUCACUACACAUUCUAUAUGCAGUAGAGCGGAGGUCGUAGGUGCGUUGUUGCCGUUGGACCGCAACAAGAACCCAGCGCACACGCCGCCCGCGCAGGCGCCGGCCCAUGCGCCGCCCGCCAACGGCGCGCCCGCCGCUACUGAGACAGGGUAUGUCAGAAGGUCUACUGGUCAGCAGCAGAGGAAAAAGAAAAUGACAGAUGAAGAGAUUUUAGAAAAAUUAAGAACAAUUGUUAGUGUUGGUGAUCCCAAUAGAAAAUAUACAAAAAUGGAAAAAAUCGGUCAAGGAGCUUCAGGCACUGUUUAUACAGCAAUUGAAACAUCAACCGGUAUGGAGGUUGCCAUAAAACAAAUGAACCUUAGUCAGCAACCUAAAAAAGAACUUAUCAUUAACGAAAUCCUUGUGAUGCGGGAGAAUAAACAUAACAAUGUUGUGAAUUACCUUGAUAGUUAUCUUGUGAAUGAGGAGCUAUGGGUAGUUAUGGAAUAUUUGGCGGGUGGGUCUCUCACUGACGUGGUGACUGAGACAUGUAUGGACGAGGGUCAGAUAGCGGCCGUGUGUCGCGAAGUACUACAAGCAUUGCACUUCCUACACACCAACCAUGUGAUACACCGUGAUAUUAAGUCCGAUAAUAUACUUCUUGGUCUCGAUGGACAAGUCAAACUAACUGAUUUCGGUUUUUGUGCGCAAAUAUCUCCUGAACAAAAUAAAAGAACCACUAUGGUAGGCACACCAUAUUGGAUGGCCCCAGAAGUGGUAACUAGGAAGCAGUAUGGACCAAAGGUGGAUGUAUGGUCAUUAGGAAUAAUGGCUAUUGAAAUGAUUGAAGGAGAGCCUCCCUAUCUUAACGAAAAUCCUCUUAGAGCCUUAUAUCUUAUUGCUACUAAUGGUAAACCAGACAUUAAAGACAAAGAUAAACUGAGUGCUGUUUUUCAAGACUUCCUCGAUCAGUGCCUGGAAGUGGACGUAGAUAGGCGCGCCACUGCACUCGAUUUACUUAAGCACCCCUUCCUAAAAAUGGCUCGGCCUCUGGCGUCGUUAACGCCUCUUAUAAUGGCGGCGAAGGAGGCUGCCAAGGGCCAUUAGCGGCGGCCCCCGGCGCCCGCCGCGCGCCCUCCGCGCCCCGCGUCCCCGCGCCCCUCGCGCCCCGCGCCCCUCUAGCGCGUUCAGUGCCUCUCUGCGUCCGCAGCACAUUUGUAUUCCACGACUCAACCACUUGCGCCCGACGACACCCCUCGACUCGACCUCUCUAUCUCUGAUAUUUAGGUAUAGAGACGUACGACAAGUGGCUGCGAGCUAUACAAAGUAUAUAUUUUUACAAGCGACUAUGAAUUAACGAUAAUGCAGUCCAGUAGCCGUAACGAGUACUGUAGUAUCGCGUAGAAGUUAUCCGUUUCUCGUUAGUGACGUGAUCUCUGAUUGACGUGUUUCGCUCGACUAGCGGGAGUAUUUGAAUAGAAUGUAGAUAUAGUGUGUUAGAGUUGAAUCGAAUUGUUACGGUUAUCUGCAAACGAAGACUGGCAGUUUAUAUAUUAGAUUUAUAAAUAUUAGAAUACUUAUAGGACUUUGUAAUAGUACGAUCAGCUUUUUCACUGUGAUGAUAUUUGGUGUCAGUAGAUUGGAACACGUCAGUGCAGGGCGAGAGCUUAGCGUUAGAUAUGUGCUGUACCUUAAGUACAUAUUAUAUAUAUGUAUACUAGAACUGACCGUCAACGAUAUAUUUGUAUUAAAAAUUUGAUUGGCGUAAGUGAUAAAAAAAUAGGGAAAUUUUUUGAAUACCUAUUUACUGUAAUUUU